AUGGAAGUGCACGUGACUGAGCUGGGAAAAGUAGAAGGAAGAUACAGGGAGAUGUUUGAGGCAUGGAAUAGCCAGGACAAGGCGACAGCUGGGACAAAGUAGGCUAGGGAAAAAAAUUUUGAGCCACCUUUAGCAAAGUAGGAAGGAACGAUUGGCCAUCGGUGUUCGGUCCUGUGGGAACAAUGCUCCGUCCUCUCGAGGACGCGUGGUCAAUGGUCUAACCGCUAAGGCAUGCAAAACAUAAGAGUUACCCCGCCCCCCUUCUAGACUUAAAUGAGUUGGCGCUGUUGGCAAAGCGCUGUAAACCACGCCACCCCAAAUAUAGCCCCCAUAGUAUGCGCUACCAAAGACGCGUGACGCAUGGACGAGUGGAGUGAGGAUAGCUGUUUACGGCAACCUCACAAGUUGAGUGAUGUAGGAGAUUGCCGGACACAUAGACAUGUUGAGUGAUUAUAGCUGUAUACUGAAACCUCAAGGGUUGAGUGAGGUUUGAGAUUGCCAGACACAUUGACGGGUUGAGUGGGGAUAGCUACAUACUGAUACCCCACGGGUUGAGUAAUGUUGGGAGUGCCGGACACAUGGACUCGUUGAGUGAGGAUAGACACAUACUGAACCUCACAGGUGAUUUGUGACGGAGAUUGCCGGACACAUACACGUGUUGAGCGAAGAUAGUUGCAUACUGAAACCUCACAGAUGGAUUGUUUGCCAGACACAUAGACGCGUUGAGUGGGGAUAGACACAUACUGAACCUCACAGGUGAUUUGUGACGGAGAUUGCCGGACACAUACACGUGUUGAGCGAAGAUAGUUGCAUACUGAAACCUCACGAGUUGAGUGAUGUUGGAUAGUGCCGGACACAUAGACGCUUUGAGAGGAUAGCUGCAUAUUGAGACCUCACGGGUUGAGUGACAUUUGCGACUGCCGGACACAUAGACGCGUUGAGUGAAGAAAGCUGCAUACUGAGACCUCACAGGUUGAUUUGUAUUGGAGAUUACCGGACACAAAGACGCAUUGAGUGAGGAUAGCUGUAUACUGAAAAUCCACAGUAGCUAAAGUGAGGGGACAAUUCGAGAAUGCAGUACACAAAGACCCGACCCCCA